UGCCAUUUCCAGCUACUCUGGUAAUGAUCCUCUCACUCGGUUUCAAAGCAUGAACCCUUUUCCCCUUUCCGGCCAUGACGUUGGAAAGUUGCCUGUGUUCGAUGCUUGAAGUGAUAUUUCAUCAUUUUACCAACAUGGGUUUUUGGGCUAAGUUAUGAAUUUCUGUGGGCUUUAGAUGGAGGGGGGCACCUCUGGUUCGAGAAGAACACGUUCUCAGGUAGCCCCGGACUGGACUGUCAAAGACUGUCUCAUUCUGGUGAACGAGGUUGCUGCCGUCGAAGCGGAUUGCUCAAACGCUCUGUCUAGCUUCCAGAAAUGGGAAAUAAUAUCCGAAAACUGCAACGCUUUGGAUGUUCACCGGACUCUGAACCAAUGCCGUAGGAAAUGGGACACUUUGCUGUCAGGUUACAAACUGAUCAAACAGUGGGAGUCUCAGGCUGGAGAUGGAUGUUCCUAUUGGUCCCUGAGUAGUGAGAGCAGGAAGAGACUAGAGCUGCCAGGCAUUUUCGAGAACGGGCUUUAUGAAGCCAUUGAUGCAGUGGUCAUGGUCCAAGAGGAUAAAGCUGGGACCGAACCCGAUAGCGAUCCGGACGCUCAAGAGGAUGUGAACAAGCUUGAUGCCAUUGCUGAACCAGCAGGACCCAAAAGGUCAAGACCACGGGCGAUGGCCUUGGAAGAGAAGCUGUCACGGAAGGCAAGAAAGGAAGUGGCUGCAAGGAAGAAACCGGAACGACGCUCAAACCAAACACAGGAGAAGGAUAGAGAGCAACAAAGGAUGGAGCUUCAGAGCGAAAACGAGGAAGAGAAAACGAUUGAGAGCUGUACGGAAGGGGUGAAGAGCAUUGAGGAGGAAGCAGAAGCAAUGGCUGCAAAACUCGGAGAGAAGGCUGAACUGAUACAUGCCAUAGUUGCAGGAAAUCAUCCAUCAGAGGAUGGUGAAACUGGAGAUGGUGGUGGUAAUGAGUUAAGAAUGAAGCUUGUGAGACGCCAAGGAGAUGAACUGAUAUCUUGCUUGGGAGAGAUUGUGGAUACUCUUCAUCGCUUCCGUGGAUUGGCUCAAGGGUUUGAGUGAUUUUUAAGUGAGAGUUGAAUGUAAUAAUCUUACUGUAACUAAAAAAACACUCCCUUUUUUGGUUAUAUAAAAAAA